UACUCUGUCAGACGUUAUGAAACUUUUAGAAAUGAUCUUAAUCACCAUACAUCUAACCGGUAUUUCCUGCAAGAAGAAACACAAAGAGAUAUCAUCAGAGAGCAUCGAAAACAUAUUAUAUUACAAAGACUGCAACCACAAGCAGAAUCCCACCCCGAUACCGCUCUUGGGGAGUCCUCCGCCGAAGCAGCAGGAGUGCAAGAUGUGCUGCACAAUGUGCUGCGGAGACCAGUGCGUGGACAGCCACCAGGUGAAGCUAGGGAGGCAGGCGGGGAUGGCCCAACUAGAACCAAAAGGCAUCAUGCCCAUACAGCCAGACAUUAAGCCCCCGAGAGAAAGAAGAAAGAAACAAAAAUUCCCAGCACCAAUCCAACCUCCACUACCAGGCAGGCGAGGUCUAGGUCCUAUUGCGUUCACGAGAGAGAACAUCAAGAGUUUAAUCUCCCAGGAUGAGGAUAUCAGGAAGAUAUUGAAGGACCUAGUGAGGGUGACGAUGCAGAAAGUGGAUCUCAUGCAACUGUUGAAUAACAAACAGAAUGUGGGCAACGUGAAGCAGGAACAUGCCGCUGAUGUUAGUGAUUCCGAGAAUGAUCUGUGAUUUAUACGUGUAGUUUAUCAGUGAAGGACAACAAUUAAAUAAUACCAAACAAUAAAAAAAUACAGUUUAGUCAACCAUAAACUAAAGAAUUCUCUUUUAAACUCUCUCAUUGCCUUAAGUCAGUGGUAGAGAUCUAUUAUUAUUGUAUGUGUUUCUUGUUUUAAUAACUAAUA